CCAGAGAUUGAGACUUCACUUCUGUUUCUGCCGGUGUUCACCAUGAAGACUUUUGUCGCACUAAUUCUGUUGGGAAUCCUAAUAAAAUCCAGCACAUCGAUGAUUCACACUCUACGAUUACUUCAAACAUCUUCUUCUCAAGUCCCAAACUUCCCAGAGUUUGUUUCUGUUGGAGUGUUGAAUGGUCUGGAGAUACUGCACUGUGACAGUGAGAUCAGGAGGAUGGAGCCCAAACAGGAGUGGAUGAAGAGAGUGACAGAGGACGACCCAAACUUCUGGUACUGGACCACUCGGCUCUGUGUGGAUUCUGUGCAGACAGGCAAGGAAAACAUAGAGAAAGUAAAACGACGCUUCAACCAGACUGAAGGUGUUCACAUGUGGCAGUGGAUGUUCGGCUGUGACUGGGACGAUGAGACUGAUGACAUCACAGCAUAUGUUCAGUUUGCCUUUGAUGGAGAGGACUUUAUUUAUCUGAACGUGAGCGCAGAGUCCUGGGUCGCUGUUAAACCUGAAGCCUUAAUCACUAAAGAGAAGUGGGUGAAAAGUGGAGCAAUUCAACUUGCCAAACAGUACAUCCACAAACUCUGCACUGUGGGGUUGAAGAACUAUGUGCGAUAUGGAGAGGCAAUUCUGAAGAGGACAGAGCUCCCCCUGGUGGCCCUGCUGCAGAAGUCCUCCUCAGCCCCCGUCACGUGCCACGCCACAGGCUUCUACCCCGACACAGCCAGGCUGUUCUGGACCAAGGACGGAGACGAGGUGCUGGAGGACGUGGACCCUGGAGAGAUCCUGCCCAACGGAGACGGGACUUUCCAGACCAGUGUGUCCCUGGACCUGUCCUCUGUCCCCUCUAAGGACUGGGGCAGGCACCACUGUGUGUUCCAGCUGUUUGGGGACGAAAAUAAACAUGUGACCAGACUGGACCAGAGCAAAAUCAGGACCAACGGCAAAAAUCCCCCAACCUCCAUCAUCACUCCUGUAGUCGUUGUGGGACUCAUCAUCAUCAUCAUCGCUGCUGCUGUGGCUCUGUUUGUGAUCAGACGAAAAAGAGCCCGAAACAAUCAACGAGAUGCUCAGAUGAGACAAAAUCUGAAUCCUGUUACUCAGGCGACAAACUCUUUGGCCCUGAGUUUGUAG